AUGCUCAGUUUCGCCAGCCUCAGCCUCAGCCUGGCAUUCGCCAGCUUGGUGUGUGGUACAGCCGGCAGCCAGAUCAGCAGUAACAAGAAUAUUUCCUACACUAAUCCAAUACUAUCGGGAUGGAACAGCGAUCCUAGUUGUGUGUUCGUGGCUGAGCGUGAAAACACUUUCUUCUGCACGACUUCUUCUUUCCUGGCCUACCCUGGUGCACCUGUCUACGCAUCAAAGGACCUCAUCAACUGGAAACUAGCCAGCAAUGCAGUCAACCGCCCUGAUCAAAUCCCAAGUCUCCUGACUGCAAAGAAUGUGCAGACUGGCGGUAUUUAUGCCUCCACUCUUCGCUAUCACAACAGCACAUUCUACAUGAUCACAACCUACAUUGAGGAUCCUCUGCCCCCCACGUUCUAUAUUUUCACUUCGAAAGAUGCAACCAACGACUCAGCUUGGUCCAUGCCAUUCGCCAUUGAAACCCCAUAUAUAAUUGAUCCGGAUAUCUUCUUCGAUGAUGAUGGUACUGUUGUCGUGGCAUACGCUGGUCACCCCAUCAAAGCACAAGUCAUCGACAUGAAGACCGGCAACGCUACUGAGACCUUUGACAUGUGGAACGGAACUGGCAACGGAUUUACGGAAGGACCCCAUAUUUACAAAAAGGAUGGUUACUACUACUUGUUGGUUGCCGAAGGUGGUACCGAGCUUGGCCAUUCGGCUGUGAUCGCUCGUUCAGUAUCUCUCAGAGGGCCCUACGAGUCGUCGCCAUCGAACCCCUUAGUCACCAACCGCAGGACGAACGAGUACUUCCAAUCAGUGGGACACGCUGAUCUCUUCCAAGACGAAUCUGGGAACUGGUGGGGUGUCGCCUUAGCUGUAAGAGGUGGCCCCACACUUUACAACCAGACAGUAUAUCCAAUGGGUAGAGAAACUAGUCUCUUCCCUGUCACUUGGCCAAAGGGGAAAUGGCCGACAGCAAGUCCGGUGCGUGGUCGGAUGAUUGGCCCUUUGCCUCAGCCAAGCAGAAAUGUCAGUGGUGAAGGCUUGUUCAUCGGGGAAGCUGAUGUUGUGGAUUUCGUGCCUGGCUCCGCCAUCCCCAAACAUUUCGACUUCUGGCAUACUCCAGUCAAGCCAACCUCGUUCACCGUCUCCCCGUCUAAUAAGCUCAACACGCUGAGGUUGACUGCGUCUAGAUCGAACCUGACUGGCGAUACAAAUUUUGUUCCUGCCGAUGGUGUCACUCUCGUUACACGUCGUCAAGCACAUACUCUUUUCAACUUUACGGUGGAUAUCGAGCUUCUUGGCUGCAACGCCAAGGAAGGUGACGAGGUCGGCAUAACAUCUUACCUUGACCAAUUUCAACAUGUUGAUCUCGGUAUCGUAUAUUUGGCUAGGAACAAGAACGACAAGACGACGAUCCCAUAUCUCCGCUUCAGAGCGACCAUUGUGGGGAAGACCAACUUCACCGGAGUUGUAUCCCAGACAAAGAUUAUCGCUCUGCCUCCAACAUGGGCAAACGAUUUGGUGAGACUUGGUAUCUCGACCGUCAACGCGACAUACUUUGCGUUCAGCGCUGCACCAGCUGCAAGACCUUCCGCAAGUAUCGUUGUCAGCACUGCUAACACUACGCUCAUCUCGGGUGGGCUCCUGGGUUCUUAUGCCACGACCAAUGGAGCCAAUCGUACAGUGCAGGCUUACGUUAGCCGUUGGAGAUACGUCCCUGUCGCUCAAGAAAUUGACUAUGGUACUUUCGUGUACUCAGACUAG